UCUCGUUGUUGACUUGAUCACGUGCCGUUGUGUUUUGCUGAGCAUCGAAAGUUUUAGUGAAAAUUGUGUUGUCGUGUUUCGUGUUCAAUUUCCACACGAUUUCCUGCCUUUUUGGAAUGGAGAAACUUUAUAGGCGAUCGAGAAGGAACAGCUCAUGAUAUGAGGGUAGUUUUGCCGGGAUUUUACGCGUAGUUACCUCGCAAAAACUGCACCUUUGGCGAUGUCUGCCUCACCGGAAAACGAAUCCACAAAAGCAUACCGUCAAAUGCUCCACGAAUAUCGUCGCAAAUUCCCCGAGAUUCCGGAGAAAGAUCUGCUGAAUAUCGUUAAAAAGUAUGCAUCUGAUCCGGAAACUUGUGACCUGAUGCUCCGGCGUGAAAGUGACAAGGGGAUGUACGGAAGUUCGCCGACGGCAGAUCCGGUGCUACCAGCCGAUCCCCUCGGCAAUCUGCGGCUGACCGCAGGAAGGAACAGGGUGGAGAGUACCCCUCCGUUUGACCUUCCUCGUUCUAACUCCACAGGUAGUGCUGGGUCAAGCCAUUCUAGUGGACGUUCGACCCCGGUAAAUCCUAUACCCACACCCUGGAUAGCUCCCCCACGAUAUCCAACCCCCGCCCCAUUGCGGCAGAUUACCCCACCCAUGGCACUCCCACCUGGUACCCUAUUCAUCAAUGGUAACUUCUAUCAACCAUAUCGCCCGAGGCCCGGUCCGCCAGGUCAAGUCUCGCCCAUUGACAAUCAAAUGGGGACCCCUUCGACCCUCCCAAGAGUAACCAAUAGUAGAACUUCUUCCAAUGCCGCGUAUCCGAUCUACAGUACAAAUGGUUAUUUUCAAACAAGUGUUGCUGGUACCCCGGCACAGAAUCAACCAACAACCAUGGUUUCAUCUAAAACUGUUGGACCAGGUGUAUCCAUUCCUACAAGCUUUUUCACCCCCACAAGACAGACACAGGGAUAUCCAACCAUGUCAUAUGCUACAACGCCACCUUACGAUCAAAACUACAUGCAAGGGACAUACCGAAUGGCAACACCAAACCAGCCAAAUGCAGCUGGAUACAGGACAACUGGUUCCUCCAAUCAACCGCAGGACCAUAGAAUGUUACUUACAGAUGAACCGAGGGUAUCAAACGCAGGCAUAACACCAGGUCGGGUUGCUGGAAGCGCUGCCCAAAUGGACACAAGAUUUCAAACAAAGCCUCACCGAAAUUUAAAAAAUCCCCUCCACGUGCAAACAAGCCCCGGCGUUAUCACCCCUGAGAUGUCAAGAAAGUUCAGUGGUCCCAAUGAACACCCAGAUGAUUUGGAGAAGGUGCUAGGUGGUAUGGCAAUUUCGCAUCGACCUCCAGUAGCUAAUGACGAUUACAUAAAAGCCUGUCUGUCUCAGCAGCAGAGAAGAUUUGAUGAUCUUCAAAAGGAAUAUAUACAUCAAAAAGAAAGAUUGGGUAUGGUUAUCAAAGAUAUCACGGAAAAAGAUGGUGAAAUUAUGAUGAAAUUUCUAGUUGCACCUAAUCCCACGGACGGGGAAGUGGCAAAGCUCUCGGAAGAAAAUGAUAUUUUGAAAAAAUAUAUUGCUGAUAUAUCGCAAAAUAUUGACAGGGUAGAUAGUGGUCUAGCUCUUAUACCUCCAUUUGACUCAGAUCUCCACGAUACUCAAAGAAUUGACAGGAAAGAUUUUGACAGGUCACAAAGUGUACCUUGCCUUCAUGUUGACCCAGUUCGACCCAUGCCUCCACUUUCAAGACCCUUGUCCGAACACGAUAUGGUAGGAACUAGACCAUUCUUCAACAACAAUCAAAAGCAUGAAAGACCCAUGAUAGAAGACUGGAACUUUAUCAAUCCAUCUAUAAUUGCAGAUCCAACUCCACCAGAUGAAAAUAAUGGGGAAGAUGAAACCCAAUGGAGUUGCCCAAGGUGUACCUUCCUCAACCACAACAGCUUAACGGUUUGUGAAAUGUGCAGUAGUUCACGUAAUUCUGUUAAUAUGCUGGAAAAUUAUUGAAAACAAAUUUGCGAAAGUGCUAGAGAAUUGUACAUAAAGUUUGAAUAACUUGCUUGCAUUUUGCAAUGCAUGGAUUGCCAUGUAUUUUAAAUAUGGGACUGUAUAUAUUUUUACAUAAAUUAAAAAUUGACAGAAUACAACUACUAAAAAAAUACAUUUGAACUAUUUAACUUACUCAACAAAUUGAGGUACAUAGGAGAUAUUCUGUAUAAAUUGUAACAAAUUACAUUUGAAAAAUGUAUGGUAAAGUGCAGAGUAUGGUAGUUCCCAAACAUAGUGGUCU